GCACUAAGCCACCGUGCCCCCCCAUUUUUGGAUUAAAACAAUUAAAUUAUACGCUUUUAUAAUAUCAAUACUGUCUGGUUGCUGAUUGCUUCAUGAUCAAGCAAUCACGAGAGUUUAAAAUUUUUCAUUCACAUACAUAUGACAAGUUUAUACCUAGAACUGGACUUUACUCCAUCAGUAAAAAUGUCAUUUGCAUUUCCUCCUUCAUUCAUCAUCUCUAGCACUAUAUUACUGUACUAAUAGUAAUUUAGAGUCCACCACGGUGUGAGCAGGUGCUAUAGACCAUGCUCUCCUCUCUGGAAAUACUGGCUUUUGGUCUCUUAUUGGUGAUCUAAUCAUUAUCUAAGAGCUUUAGCAUGCACUCUUGGAAAAACAUUUCCAUUUACUACACUAAAAUAUGCUUUGGUUUUUCUAAAGGGACCAAGUAAAGAUAUUUUUUGCAAGUAUUCUGAGCUAUCACUACAUUAAGACAUGGAUGGUCAGACAUGUAUGUAGAUGACAACGCAUACACAGAUAAAAUCCCAAAGAAACACACAUGCUACUACACAUAUACAUACAAGCUUGUGUACACAGAGAGCCAGAUACACAGAUGGGUUAAAAAAAUGUUGUUGUUUUUUCCCCAAACAAAAUUCCAAUCAACAUAAAGCAGAUAAAAGCAGGAAGAUUCAUUGUUUUAGAUUGCAUAAGCACUGUCUUGCCUGCCCCCCCUCUUCCUCUCUCUCUCACUCUCUCUCUCUCUCUCUUCCCUUUCUCCUGGAGCUCCAGUGCAGCACAGGGUUCCCUCACCAAGCUGCAGCUCAGUUGUCCAGGAAAAGCUGGGGAUUCCAGGCAGAGGGCCAAAGCACACAUACUCUCUCUCUCUCUCUCUCUCUCUCUCUCUCUCUCUCUCUCUCUCUCUCUCUCUCUCUCUCUCUCUCUCUCUCUCUCUUUCUCUCGCUCUCUCUCUCACACACACACUCUCGCUCUCGCCCUCUGCUAAGCCCAGAGAAGAAUGCAGACAUCAAUAAAAUUAAGACUAUCCGCUUUCCAGAUUUUUUUUUUUUUUGCUUCAGCUGGAAAUACAGAAAGCUGACAGUGUGCCAGGGGCAAGAGGUGGUGAGGCCUGUGGAAAAAUGUUCUGCUUGAUCUAAAGUGUUGCAUCAUCUUAGAUUUGCUCUGUGUAUAUGAGUGUGAGUAGAGAAAACAGGGUCCUAGCCUACAGUAAUGCUACAGGGCCUCAAGGAGGCCAAGGAACUCUACUCUGUACUUCCAUUCAUUCAUUCAUUCAUUCAUUCAUUCAUUCAUUCAUUUAACUUAAGUAUCCUCUGCAUCCUGAUCUCUGUCACAAUGGAUAUUUAUGGGAUAUUUAUAGUGCAUAAUGUAGCCAGGAGAAAUUGACACGAGAUGUCAAAGACGUGCUACAAAUAAUGGAACCCAAAAAUGUCUUUACUGAUCAGUGAUGUUUUGGGCAAAUAUAAGGUUGUGUAAAUGUUAUUCCUUUAACAAGGCAGCCUGCCCCAUCACUUCUUUCUUCUGCUUUUUUAAAAUGUACAUAAUGGUAGCUGUUAAAGUGGACUCUUGAUGUUUUAUUGCUCUCCUUUUGCUUGUUUCCACAAAACUAAUGAGCAUCUCACCCUCUCACUGCUGGAUGUGCUGGAGCUCCUGACUAUAAGAGCUGCUGUAGCUUAAACUUCAAAGCCUACCGGAUCCCCUCCAUGCCCCAGAGGGCAUGUGGGCAUUCAGUCAGGAUUUGACUGCCAUCCUGGUUAAACAGGAACCCAACCUCCUGUCUGAGCCUUCCCCCGGACCAGCGACCACCAUGCCCAGUUCCAGCAGUGCCACCCAGCCAAUCACCCUCAACCCACCACCACAGAGACACCACAAUCAUGACAAGGUGGGCCGAGAACAGAGCUCCAGCACGGUACCUACAAUCAAAGCAGAACCCAGAGAAGUCAACCAGUUCCUCAGUGUCCCCACAGAGGAGCACCUGCAGCUCCCACCGACUCCACCCAGCAGCCACGGCAGCGACAGCGACGGAUCACAGAGUCCUCAUUCAUUGCCUCCAUCCAGCCCAGCUCGCAUGCAGAGUCCUCAUUCGCUGGCACCCUCGAGCCCCGCCCGCAUACAGAGUCCUCUUUCGCUAGCACCUUCCAGCCCCGCCCGCCAUCCGGCUCGCUCCUCCACUGCCAUCUCAUCCUCUCCACUGCUGACCGCUCCACAUAAGUUACAGGGCACGUCAGGUCCACUGAUGCUUACAGAAGAGGAGAAGCGGACGCUGAUGGCUGAGGGUUACCCCGUCCCUAACAAACUACCCCUGACCAAGACGGAGGAGAAAGCCCUCAAACGGGUUCGCAGGAAAAUCAAAAACAAGAUCUCAGCACAGGAGAGCCGUCGCAAGAAGAAGGAGUAUGUGGAGUGUCUGGAGAAAAAGGUGGAGAACUACACCUCAGAGAACAAUGAACUGUGGAAGAAGGUGGAGACACUCGAAAGUGCAAACAGGUCUUUGCUGCAGCAGUUACAGAAGCUUCAGGCACUUGUAAGUGGCAAAGUGCCUCGCUCCUGUAAGAUGGCCUCCACACAGACUGGAACCUGUCUCAUGGUGGUGGCGCUGUGUUUUGUGCUGGUUUUGGGCUCACUGGCUCCCUGCCUGCCUGAGCUCUCACUCUACUCUUCUUCCUCCUCCUCAUCCUCACCAUCACACACGGUGAAGUCCGGCCCGCUUCCCGCAACUCACCUCUACACCACCAGCCAGGUCCGCUCCCGCAGCUUGCUCUUCUAUGAGGAGAGUUCCCCGCUGGAGAACAGCCACAGGAGCAUGCUGAGUGUAAAGAGUGGGGAGGGGGUGCCACACCAAUACACACAGGACCUGAAAGAGACCCACAAGCAGACACACCCUCACAUGAGCUCAUACCUGAACCCAGCACAGUCCAACAAGAACAGCAGUGGCACCCCUCUCCUCCACCGAGAACAACACUACCAUACACGAGAGCAUGAUCCUGAUGGAGGGGCUGAAUAUUUCUAACCCCUCUGAGCGGAGCUGCCUACAUUCUGCAGGCCUCCGCUGACCUUUGACCCCACACCAUCCAGGCCCUACUCCCGGUGGCGCUCCCAAGUGUUACCACUCUUUCACUUUACAAACCUGAGACGUCAUACUGUACACCACUCUCAGACACGCAGCCUGAACACACCGACAUGCAAAAGGAAGACAGAGAGAAAUAAAUAAGACGAGAGUAGACGCAGAGAAGAAAAGGGAACGGACUGAUUGAGGGAGAAACUGAGAAAAGCUUUUCUCUAUAAAACCACACCAAACUGUCUUCUUCCUUCAAAGAUUUCCCUUCAUUUCUGUUCCUUUUUCUAAAGAAAAAAAACCCCACAGCAGUAAUGGUGUAGUAACAGGUGCCUGGUGUUCUGUGCAUUCACUUCUCUUCACUUCUCUUCUUUUUUUCUUUUUUUUAACUUUCACAACAGAGAUUAUUUUAUGUGCCAGAGGUGUUAAACUAAAGACAAGCUUUUGCUCCAACUUCUUCUGCAGUCUUUUAUGACAAGCACGAUUGGCCAAAGCUCUGAAAAUCUCACUCCAAAUUUCCAACAAACUCCAGCCGAGAGCCAUAUAUUUUCACCUCCACUAAACAUCUCCCACUCGUACACAACGAAUUUAAACAGAAACAUCAGACGUAGAGAUUUGUUUCCUUUUAACAGACAUACUUCGAUUUUUUUUCUACCCUUUCCCUUAUGAAACUGAAUAUUAUGCCUAUGGACUGUCAUGUUUAAUACUCCUGGCACUAAACGCCACCCUUACUUUAUUUAAAAGCAGCGUAUUCUUCUUCAUCUUCUUCUUCAUUUUUGAAAUCACUACAACACAAAAACAGUUGAUGCAUUGAGUUAAAGCUGGACUGCACUUGUUUUGCACUAGGAAAACUAAUUGAUUUAAGUGCCUUCAAGUUGUUGUUUUUUUCCUUCCAUGUAGUCAUAUUUAAGAUUUACUAUUUUCUUAACCUCCAAGUCUUCACUCUUAGAUUCUUUUAGCUUACUGAAAAUGAAUAAAAGGUAUUUUUAUUUUUGUUUUCUUUUUGUACUAUUUUAAAAUUUUGAACUCUAGAUGCCUUUGUACUGAAUUUAAAGUAUCCGUAAUAUAUUCUAGUAUCGUCAGCAUUCCAAAAAGAGCAUAUUUAUUUUAUGCACAAAAAAAAGAAAAGUGAAAUAUUUUGUUCUUUUUUUUUUUUAAAUAAUUGCUUUAGAUGAUGUAAAUUUUACAUGAUCUUUUUUUUGUCAUAACUGUUAAACAGUUUUUGUGUUAUCUUUAUUCUGUAUAAAGAAAAGAACGUUUUGUAUAUAGGGUGGUUGGAACCAGGACAAUCAGCAGUAAUGCCAUCAGAAUAGUUUGAAAAUCUUUCUUUUGUGCAGAAUAUUGUUCUUUUUUUAUAAUACGGUUUUACUAGAAUCGGACCGACAAAAACGCAGAUAAAUACCUUAUGUAACGAACACGAGAAUCUGGCUAAUGUGGAAGUGAAGACAUUUCAAAUGUACAGUCGUGUAAAAACUCAUUUCAGUUGUUUAACGGUGUAACCGCAUUGUUUGUACAUCGUGUACAUGACACCAGUGCUGAUUAUUCUUGUAAAACUAAAAAAAAAAUCACAUGUCAUGUCACUAUUGUUCUGUGUAAUGAACUUUAAAUGGCUUUAUAUUUGGCCAUGAGAUGAUGAGAUGAACCACAUCAAGCUGCUGUCCAUGAGGUGGUUUUGUUGUGUUUUCUGCUAUGUAGUUUUAUUGAAUCGGGCCGAACGUGUUCGUCUUGUCUUGUUAUAAAAUAUCAAAAUGUAGACUAUAAAAUAAUUAACAGUUAGACAGUAUAUCAUAAUUGCCUCUUUCAGCCUCUUCAGUUAGUCCAUCAGGGCUAAAUCCAGGAUCAACAAUGCUCAAGAUCUUGGCUCAGAGUUACUAGAGUUGCCUUAAACUUCCAUAACUCAAGCUAAGAUCAUUGUCUAGAAUACAUGAAAAUGCUUUAAAACAACUCUCAGUGUAAUUAUUGUUGGUAACACCUGUGUCCUCAUCCUUUUUGUUGCAUUUUGUACAUAUGACACUGAUGGUCAAUUCUAUCUGUAAAUAUGGAGGAUGUAUUUUUAUAUUUCUGAUGCGCUACAUGCCUGGGUGGGGGUUUUGGGCCUAAUGCUGAACGUUUUACUUUCUUGCUGCAUGGUUCUCUCUGUGCUUCAAACUUAUGUCAGUUUCUGUCUAUAUUAUAUCAAAGUAGUGUUAGAAUGAAGCAAAAUACAAAAAUUUGCAGAAGCAAA